AUGAUCCCGAUCUUCAACGAAUGUUCGAAAAUAUGCACGAAAAUUCUGGACCAGUACGAAAUGCACGGCACAGCAGUGCCCAUUAAGGAUGUUAUCACUCGACUCACUUUGGAUAUGACAUCGAAAUGUGCAUUCGGAUACAACUUCCACGUGCAAAACAACACAUCUUCGCCAUUUUUUCACUAUGCGAAAAAGUUUUCAGAGUUCGAUCUACGUUCACCAGAAGUCGCGGUCGAACGCAACGACUUUUUUCAAAUUCUUCUUGAUAUUCUCGUUAGAGACGGCGACAGAAUCGAAGAGUCUCAUUUGCAGAGUGGAAGGAAAGGUCUUACAAAGGGAGAAAUUAUGGGACAGGCUUUCAUGUUCGUGUUGGCCGGGUUCGAAACUACGCCGGCAGUUUUGCACCUUGUUCUCUACAUGCUGGCCGCCAACGACGAUAUUCAAAGACGUUGUAGAGACGAAAUCCAACGAAUAUGUGGUGAUGAGGAGAAAAUCACCUAUGAAAUGCUGAAUGAGAUGAACUACGUCGAGCAGUGCAUCACAGAAACGCUUCGAAUGUAUCCACCUGUUGUGAGAACAAAUCGCCUCUGCACCAAAGACAUUACAAUUAAAGGAAUCAAAAUCAAGAAAGGCUGUGUAUUCAGCAUUCCCAUUCGGGCGAUUCACUACUGCGAAGAGUUCUAUCCGGAUCCUAAAGCCUUCGAUCCAGACAGAUGGUCCAUGCGCAACCGUCUUAAUCGUGAUCCGUUGACCUAUGUACCAUUCGGCUAUGGGCCACGUAAUUGCAUUGGGAUGCGUGUCGCUCAAAUGCAAAUGAAAACGGCAUUGGCGCAUAUUCUAAGGAGAUAUGAAAUGCAACCACAAAAAAUACUGGUAAUGCUUUAA